AUGACCUGGGGAACGAUCGAAGCAACGCCCGUCACACUUCGAUCUUCAACUGAAUAUGAUGGCUCGGUGGGACCUUUUAGGAUUCAGGAAGGUUCGAGGAGGGAGGGUUUGGCGCAUCGUAUGGCGACGCAGGCGAAGAGGAGUUUGUCGGACCGGGUGGACGCCGUUUCGAAUGGGAGGAGAAAACGACCAGGGGGUCUGGGGUCCCUGCGUGGUGUUAGGGGAGGGUCGAUUCUCUCCCCUUCUGGUUCCUCCUCCUCUACGAGUAGGACGCAAGUACCCCAUACCCCGCGAUCAAACUCGACCCUGUCGCUCUCCCCCGCCGCCGCAUCCAUCCUCCACCGAACGAAACAAGGUCGUUCGUUGGGCAAAGGCAUGACGAGGACCAUGUCCCCUUUACAUCCAACCACCUCUUCCUCCUCGUCAAGAAAGGGGAAUUCAACAAUGGAUCGUUUGAUGUUGAAGCGUUUGAAGGCGAAGGUUGAAGCGAGGGAGAAGGAGAGUAAAAGGAGGUUGGAGAGGGAACGGUGGAGUGCGAGUCCGGCGCCUGUUCCGGGACCGGCACCGGCACCCGGUGGAGAGGAGGGGCAAGAAGGUCACUGA